CUAGGAAAUACUCAAUUUCCUCAAAGAAUCAAAGUACCCUUUAAGGGUGUUGUAAUCCAGAGUGAGUGAGGCUAGUGACAUGGAUGAUUUUGCUAAGAGCUUGUGUGGGUGGAGUUGGGAGGAGAACAAAUUGUUUGAUCUGGCUUUAGCAGUGGUAGAUGAGGAACACCCAGAAAGGUGGGAGGUUGUUGCAGCCAUGGUUGGAGGAGAAAAGAGUGCAGGGGAAGUUCAAGAGCAUUAUGUGAUCCUUUUGGAGGAUUUACAUGUUAUAGAAUCUGGAAAACUGGAUCACAAACUGGGAGAAGUUCAGCCCUGUGUCCUUGUUGAGUGUAAGGAGUCCUUAUGUUUGUUUGAUAAUGAUACAAGCAUCUUGCUCGUUCAAUUGGAAAUGAUAUGAUGUAUGGUAACAAAAA